AUGUCAAGCUAUCACACACACCCUGCUACAGAGAAUAGCGCCAGCUUUGUGCCUAUCCAAAAGGACUGCAUGCUGGAUGGUGACGACAACUACAAGGACUGGUCGAAGAGAAUGAUCAAUGCCCUCCAAAUCGAAAGACUCUGGGACCUCGUUGACGGGUAUGAGACUGAGCUAGAGAAGCCGGAUCCAAAUCAAUCCCUAACAGCCCCCGCAAAAGCUACAAAAGAAUAUGAUAUAGCAUACCGAUCAUGGAGGGCAAGAAACCAAAUGGCAUGCGGCGGCAUCAAAUCGACACUAAACUAUGCGCCAACGACACUUGUAGAAGGCAUCACCAACGCAAAAGAGACAUGGGACACCCUCGCUGAUAAAGCCACAGGGGGGAAACACACUGUUCUCCCUUAUUGCAAGACUUGA